CACGCCCACAAGCAUUGUAACGAGGAAGUGGGUGAUUCUCAAUCGGAACCAUGACUGAGAUGGAGGCAGACGUUCAGCCAAAGAAGAGCAAAACCCUUAUCGUACGACGUCUGCCCAGAGAACUCAACAGAGACGAGAAGCAUGAUCUCCUUAAGUAUUUCGGUGCAUCCUCCGUCAGAGUGCUGUCAGACAAGGGACCCCUAAAACAUAUGGCAUUUGCAAGUUUUAGCAGCGAAGCUUCAGCGUCUAAGGCACUCAACAGACUCCAUCAACUGAGAAUUCUUGGUCACACGCUUGUUGUUGAGUUUGGAAAGGAUCAAGACAAUGUCAGCGUAUUAAAAGACCCGCCUGUUUCUGACAGUGGUGCUAAGACCCAAGCAGAGAAAGAGAAGAAGGAUAAACCACAACGCAGUGCGCCUCUGGUGGACAACAGCAUCGCUCCCAAUCUGGGGUUGAAAUUUCAAAGAAACCCGACGUUGAAAUAUUUAUACCCUCCUCCUUCAAGGGGAAUUUUGACAAACAUUACACACACUCUUCUGAGUGUGCCCAAGUUCUACGUUCAAGUACUUCAUUUGAUGAAUAAGAUGAACCUCCCCUGUCCGUUUGGUCCAAUGACGACCCCUCCUCCUAUGUUUGAGAUGCCCCCAGGCCCAUUGCCGCCCAUGCCCCCGCCCUACCCUCCAGAGAACCCCCCACUUCCAGGUCAUGAGGAGGGGGCGUCAGGAAGCGAAGAAGAAUCAGAGUAUGAGAGUGGAGAUGAUGAAGACAAAGAAAGGAUUAUCAGACUGAUGGGACUUGUUAACCAGCCAUGCAAAAGACCGCUGAGAACAAAGACUUCUUCUAAGAGAAAGAAACCAAGACUAAAGGAUCUCCUGUUUGUUCCCAAACCCGAUUCCCAUGGCACCCCAGUCCUGCAGCCAGAAGACGUUUUCGAGCAACCUCAUGCGCUAGGACAGAAAAAGAUUGAGUUUCAUAUAUCAGCGGAGGUGUCCUCCAUCCUCGAGGGGCCCGAACAGGAUCAGAAGCAGCCUUCCACAGAUGCGACUGAAGACACGGCUACGACAGAGGCUCCAGCUCAGGAAGCCGCAGAAGGGUUCGGGAAGAUCUACCCAAGCGUUCAGGCCCCCAGACAAGAGGAAGAGAUAGAGGAAGAUGAGGACAUACCCUCUGAGUUCAUAUCUAGGAGAGAGCUAGAGAGAGGCAGACUCUCCAGAGAUGAGAUAAAGAAAAUGUCCGUGUUUAAGAAUUACGAACCCGGUGAAUCAACCUGCAGACUUUAUGUGAAGAAUAUCGCAAAGCAAGUCGAAGAAAAAGAUCUGAAGUUCAUCUACGGCCGGUAUAUCGACAUCUCCUCAGAGGAGCAGAGAAACAUGUUUGAUAUCAUGUUGAUGAGAGAAGGCCGGAUGAAAGGGCAAGCUUUCGUCGGACUCCCGAGCGAGAGGAGUGCGGAGAAGGCCCUGAAGGAAACCAAUGGAUAUGUUCUUCAUGACAAACCUCUCGUAGUGCAAUUUGCCCGAUCUGCAAAACCUAAACAGGAAUCUGCUGAUUCGAAGAAAGGAGGAAAAAAACAAUGAAUUCUGAUGGGUGAACGUAUACAUUUGAGAUGUUGCAUCAUAAUACAUCACUCAUGAGUCUACAGGAACUCCAACUUUACAAUAUCCUUUAAAAUAUCCUUUAAAAAAUGAUUUUAGAUUUGUGUUUGUGUAUAAAGGGUUUACAAAUUUCCUUGCAUACUGCAGAUAAUAGAAAAGUGUUUUCUUUAAUAUAAAUAAAAAUUAAUGCCAAGCAAUGUUUUCUCAUGACUGUCCCUAUAUUAUUUUAUGCAUAGAACUUAUUAAUUUUCUUUUUUCCCCUCACAGAUUUUAUUGCACUGCUGCUGGUGAAUCCUGAUGGGCUGAACCGUUUUUUUCUAAUAUUUUUGCAAUAAAAUAUAAACCAAAUGAUGGUUAUUUCUUUGGUCUGUAACCUUCACUGAAACCGCUGGUCAAUUUUGAGAGUCUCAUAACAAUAUUGUUCAUAUAUAUACUUUUAUUUUUUAAUAUUGUUUUAUUAAUGUGGGUUGUUGUGCGCGCAGGAAACGAAAGGUCAGAUCCUGAUGUUUAAUGGUACCAGUAUUGUUGUGCGAGCCUGGCGCGUGCCUUUGAUGGCAAGCAGAAUAAAUUUAGAAAUAACUAUCAGUCAGCUGAGACGUCUUCCAGUGGCACGGCUAACAGAUGGUGCUGUCUUUACAGCAGAGAACGCAGAGAAUACAGGCCAGUGACUGAGAACGGUGCAACUUAAGUCUGUAGUUUUCUGGUACUGAUAUUAUUCAGUUGACUUCAUGAUUUUAAAAGUUAGGUUUCAUUGUUAAAUUGAAUAUUUUAUCAAAUUUGAAUUAUGAUUAAUUAUACUAGAGUUGGCAAAGAAAUUUGUGCUUUAAAAUAUUCUGUGAUAGAUAGUGUAAGACACCUAGCAAUACUAUAACAUGGAAUAAAUCAAAGUAUGGUAUGACAAUCUGAAUCCCCUUAGUUUUGUAACGGCAAGAACAAUUAAACAACAUUAGUUUAAAUGGGUGACACUGACAUGAGACCCCACUAAUAUUCAAAUACUCUCCAGUGCUUUGCAAUGAAGCAAAGAAUAUUCGUUUCCAUCUGUGUCCAAUGGCAUUCCCAACAAGGGCACUUUUAUCACUUUUGAAAUUAUACCUGAUAAAUGUCUUGGUAAUUCUCAAUAUUUCCACUGCGGCUGGUGCAUUUGUCAUCAUUGAAGUCAGCAGCGGAGCACCUCACAGAUGGGAACUCCUCACGCUGGCAUUGAAGUAAGAGCCGCGGGUCGAGCGCCUCCUCUCCCCUCCGCCCGGCACACGCGUGUGAUUGAUGACAACGUCAACCCAGAUCUUCACCUGCAGGAGCCGCAUUGGUUCAUUACCACCAGCCCACAGCACAACGCUGCCUACCGGGACGCCUCGAAGGACAUUGCAGCGCUUUUCUACCUGCAGCAGAACCUCAGUGGUAUGUGGUUAUCAAAGCUCCUGAACACAUUUUUUUGUGCAGAGACAUUAAAAUGAGUGAUUUUCUAUAUUUCUUGGUUUUCACACGUUGUGGUCUCUUACACAUCACUGUCUGUUGUGAGUUGGCAACUGUUCAAAGAUGGAACUUUCGUUUAUCUCAGGACCAGAGGUGAGCGCUGGAGAUUGAUGCUUUUUGACAAAGCUCUGGUGUUUGUGAAUAACCAUGACAACAAUAGAGGUCAGGGGUCAUUGGGGGCAACCGUCCACACGGUUUGGGAAGUCACGCAGGAGCUGUCCUCGCUGUGACCAAAGCACACUGGCUGCCCGAACAUCACGAAUGAUGACUCUUGUCUGCUCUCAUGGUCUUCAAAACGAACAAAAUGGAUGUGGCUCAUCCCUACGGAAAAGGUCACGUCAGACUUCUGCCGGGAUCAGUGUGUUGUUGAAGGAAAGGUGGAUUGUGAUGAUGUAAUGCGCUGGUGAUGCAGCAGGGGUAAAAUGUGACAGCUGUGCUUCUAUAAAUAGACAAAAGGUCUGGCCUGAACUUCUAAUGGUCAUCUAUGAUCAUCUGUCUGUCUGUCUAUCGAUAUAUCUAUCCGUCUGUCCAUCCAUCUAUGUCUAUCCAUCCAUCCAUCUAUAUAUUCACGUACCUGUCAAUCAAACAGGAAUAAUACCUCACAUUGUUGAUGACAGGUGUGUUGUUUUUUAUUUCUGUCUAUGAUGUCACACCUGACAACAUUGUUCUUGCUGUAGGCAACAAGGCAGAAGACGAGUAGUCAGACGUCCCGUGAAGGACACAACUUGGUUAACUUUGUUUCUCGGAGAGUAAACGUGUCGUUGCCAGGUUGUGCUUAUUCAUUAUGGGAUGAGUGAUGGCUUGACUUUAAAUAUUUCAUGCAUGCUACUCUUGAAAGUUUGAUGAAGUUGUCCAAAUGAGCAACAUUUGCAGAGGAAGUGAAGUAAUUCAUUUGAAUAAUUGAUGUUUAAUGCCUUUGAUAAGAGUCAUCAGGAAGGUCAUCGUUUCAGUCCAAGCUGAGAGAGACUAUAUAGUAUUUUGCUUCGAUUCUGUGGAUGCGACUAUGAUAAAAAUGCGAACUGUGUGUUUUAUUUGCAUAGCCAGGGAAUGGGCUUACAAUUUAGGUAUACUGUAUGUUCUCAUUAUGCCAAAUUUUAUGGAACCACAAUUGAAUGCUUUUAUGUAAUAUGUAUUAAAACCCCAUGUGCAUAUUGUAUAUAUAUUUUGAACUUAUUAUAUAUUUUGAGAAAUGUC